AUGUCUUCUUCGAAAUCAAACUCUCGAGGUCGUAAUUCACCAUUAUAUACUUAUGCAGCAUUAGCUGUGGCUGCAGCAAGUAUAGCCUACUACAUUUAUCAAAGAUCUCAGCCUAGAGAACGACGUGAUAAUAGAACAGGUGGUGAAGGAGGUACUGGUACAGAAUUAGAAAGGAAUGAAACACAAAGAAAUAUAAAUACAACAAAUCAAACACGGCUAAGGCGUGUAGUUGAUUCGCCGACACGUGGCAGAAGUGCCACAUCUAGGCAAUCCGCUAGGAUAAGGAGGAAGCAAAUGUCCAUUUCAUUAAAAGAUACUUUGAUAUGGAAUCCAUCUAAUGAUCCCGAUUCCCCAAAUUAUGCAUUUGUGGAAAAUGUUCUUGCAUUAUUGCAAGUCCUCACAAAAUCCUACGAUAUUCAUCUUGUCGCACCAGUCAGGAAUGAUCAAGAAAAAGAACAAAUUCUUUCACUAUUCCGAAAUGCCGAUUUGUUCUCAUCUAUUGACGAGAGAAAAGUUCUUUUUUGUGAAACGGAAGAAGGCAAAAUUCACAUUGUCAGACAUCUAGAAUCUCCUAUACACAUUGAAGGUGGCACAGCUGAGACUGUUGAUUUGGUGCGUGGAUUUGUGGAAAGAAUUGUGUGGAUAAAUUCAAAGGCUAACAAUAAUAAUACGUUUGGAAUAGCAAGAAAUGUAUUUGCCAUAAGCAGUAACAGCGCUAGUAGUAGUAGCGUGAGUUCGGUAGACACAAGUCAAUGGACAAAUGUAGAAAUUUGUAACAGUUUACUAGCAAGCUCUCUAAAUCUCGAUCGUCUAAUAAAACGAAGAAAAUAA